UGGAAAACCCACCCACUAUCCCAAUUCCAAUUUCAAUAAAUACCCUUUCCUCUGUUUCUUCCUUUUCACAAACACAAACUCUCAUUCACCCCUGUAUCUUUUCUCUUCUCCUUUCCCAUGAGUUAUUACAACCAGCAGCAACCACCUGUCGGUGUUCCUCCACCCCAAGGUUACCCGCCGCCAGGGGAAUACGGGAAGGACGCCUACCCUCCUCCAGGGUACCCUCCACAGGGCUACCCUCCACAGGGGUAUCCAGCGCAGGGCUAUCCUCCUCCUUAUGCGCCUCCUCAGUACGCUCAGCCUCCGCCGCCUCAACAACAGUCUUCAACUGGCCCUGGUUGUUUAGAAGGAUGCUUGGCUGCUCUCUGCUGCUGUUGCCUGUUGGAUGCAUGUUUCUGAGGAAAGCUUGGGUUGCUGCACAAAUUGGAUUUGAAAGUGUAACAUGGCUUUGAACAUGAGGAAUAUUGCUUUUAGCUUUUUAUUUUCCCUUGUUGGUUUACAUUCGGUGGAAAUGAACUAUUGUUUUCAAACUUCUGCAUCAUUUACAGCAUUUUGUUGGUUUCUGUGUUUCCUGUGUUACAUUUGAUGCUUUUGUUAAUAUUGACAAUUGAUAUAAAUCUGUCCAAUUUCGUCUGUGUUAGCAUAACAACAGUUUUCUCCACUUGUACCACGUGAA